GCGCUCUCUGCACUACACCACUGGUCGUUUCGGCGGAAGCGGAAGUGGAAGUUAUUUUUUUCUGUAGUCAUCGCUCGCUAGCUGCGGUUGCUAAAGCAGAUACACAAAAGAAAAAUCGUCCAUUCGUUUGUAAUUUUUGCUCAGACAUUAUUUUAUAAAGAUGCCUUUGGAAAACCUUGAGGAGGAGGGUCUGCCUAAGAACCCGGAUCUGAGGAUAGCUCAGCUGAAGUUCCUGCUCACCAUGGACGGUCACCGACAGGAUACCAAAGUGAAGACGGAGCUGAUGGAUGCCAUCAAAGCUAACAACAUGGCACCAUAUUAUGAAGGUCUGUGCAAAGAUCUAAAGUGGCAGCUAGACAAUGACCUUCUGAGUAAAAUGAAGAAGACCAAUGAAGAGGAACUAAAGCGAUUGGACGACGUGUUGGAGGACGCAGAGAAGAACCUGGGAGAGAGUGAGAUCCGUGACGCCAUGAUGGCCAGAGCAGAAUAUCUUAUCAGAAUUGGGGACAAGGAGAGCGCUCUGACAGCCUUCAGGAAAACCUACGACAAAACCGUGGCAUUGGGCCACAGGCUAGACAUUGUCUUCUACCUGCUGAGGAUCGGUCUCUUCUACAUGGACAGUGACCUCAUCACUCGCAACUCAGAGAAAGCCAAAAGCCUCAUCGAGGAGGGCGGAGACUGGGACAGGAGGAAUCGUCUAAAGGUCUACCAAGGUCUUUACUGCGUGGCCAUUAGAGACUUCAAACAAGCUGCAGAGCUCUUCCUCGACACUGUGUCCACCUUCACCUCCUACGAGCUCAUGGACUACAAAACCUUUGUCACCUACACCGUUUACGUCUGCAUGAUUGCCCUCAAAAGACCCGACCUGCGUGAGAAGGUCAUAAAGGGAGCAGAGAUCUUGGAGGUGCUGCACAGUUUACCUGCUGUCCAUCAGUAUCUGUUCUCACUCUACGAGUGCAGCUACUCUGUCUUCUUCCAGUCUCUGGCCCAGGUGGAGCAGGAGAUGAAAAAGGACUGGCUCUUUGCUCCUCACUACCGCUACUACGUGAGGGAGAUGAGGAUCCAGGCCUACAGCCAGCUGCUGGAGUCAUACCGCUCCCUCACUCUGGGCUACAUGGCUGAGGCCUUUGGUGUCAGCACGGAGUUCAUUGACCAGGAGUUGUCCAGAUUCAUCGCUGCAGGUCGCCUUCACUGUAAAAUUGACAAAGUAAAUGAAAUAGUGGAAACCAACAGACCCGACAGCAAAAACUGGCAGUACCAGGAAACCAUCAAGAAGGGUGAUCUUCUCCUGAACAGAGUCCAGAAACUGUCUAGGGUCAUCAACAUGUAAACCAACAUGGUGCCCAUGGUUCUCUUAGUUGCAGAAAACGUCAUUUACCCAAAACCUGUUUAUCCACCAACAAAAGAUGUGUGUAUAUAAUAAAAAUGUUUUGUUUAAAUGCUG